AUGGAGAUGAGACGUGCGUGUAAAAUGCCGCCUCUUUUGCCGCCAAAAUUGAGAAAAGAAACUUGCGAUUCCGACAAAAAAGGUGUCAAGGAUGUUCUCGAUAUUAGUAUGAGAAUACAAAUCGUUGCACCGGAAAAAUUGAGCUCGAAAUUCUAUUAUUUGCAAUUAUUCGAAAGUCAAGACAAUUCCGACGGACCAUGGAAUUUGAUAACCGAAUCCGAACAACUCGAUUCGUAUGAAACUUAUGAAUUAGAGGAGAUAUUUGCAAUUGAAUAUUGCUUUGAGAGAUUGCAAUGGAUUCGGAUUGAUGUAUUGGAGAAGACUGAUGUCGGAAAUACAGUCAACUGUAGCGCAGUUUUCAAUGUUGCUCAUGCGGCAAUCAACAACUACGAUUUGACAUUGAGAGAUCACAUGGGUUCAAGUAUUGCUGAAAUUGAGAUUUGGAGUCAAAUUCGAGAACGGCCUCAGCCAAUUCUGAUUCAGGUUGAAGCAAAGAACAUUUCGAGUAAGCUGAUCUCAUCGAAUUCGAAUAUUGCCAUUGAAGUGUACAAAUACGAAGAAUUGUCGAGGAAAAAGCUUUUAUAUCGAAGCGAAGGAUUGAGACAGCCGAAAUUGACUUGGAGGUCGUUCAAUAUUCAAUCCGACGAUCUGUAUGGAGACGAGAAAUCAAUCGAAAUUGUGUGUAUUAGCGACGACGAAAAAGAAGGCAUUGUUGGACAUGCUGUUAUAACACAGGACAAUGCAAAAGCCAACGAGCCUAUUCCGAUAUACAGCGAGAAUUUCAAACAAGGUCGCAAACCAAUCGGAGAAUUCCGAGUCGUCAAAUUCUCGCAACUUCGGGCAUUUUCAUUUCUAGAAUACAUUCGAACAGGAACCACUCUUCGUUUUGCAUUCGCAAUUGAUUUCUCAGCUCGCGAGCAUUUGAUGACUCGCGAUGAUCAUUUUCAAUUCGCCAACGACGUCGAGUUUGUUGUCCGCUCAAUCGGAGAGACUGUCGAACCAUUCAAUGCCUCGAACUCAUUCCUUUCCUAUGGGUUCGGUGCGAAGAUUCCUCCGCAGUCCCGCGAGUCAAACAACUUUUGUCUUUCGCUGGACGUCGAUCCAACGACUCAAGGCGUCAAUGGGGUGCUUAAUGCAUUCAUGAAGUGCUACCAAAGGGUUCUGCCGCUGAGCACUGCCAAAUUCUCUCAGAUUAUCUAUCAUAUGGCAAAAACUGCUCAGACUAAUUAUAAUAAGGAUGCUAGCUGUAGCUAUUUUGUUCUUUUUAUUAUAACUCGCGGAGCCGUCGAUGAUUUAAAAGAAACUGUCCAAGCGGCAAUUUAUUCAUCAAAAGUCCCCAUCUCCAUUGUCUUUAUUGGAGUCGGUGUUGAUGGAUUAGACGAGGUGGAUCGGAUCGGAUCGGCCGGCAAACGAUUGGAAUAUCAAGGGCGAAAAAGCGAACGUGAUAAUCUGCAGUAUGUGAAUGCGACGAAAACCCGUCUCGAAUGCGAUAAUUACAGUGAAAUGGUUUCAACUUUUCUGUACAAAACACUUCAAAAUAUCACAUGGCAACUUCCCGCGUUUUUCAUGCAAAAUCAUGUAACUCCGGGAAGGAGUGUCGAGGGAAGAAGACCGAGUGCUUCGUUGAGUCGAGAUAGCUCGAACACAGAUCCGCUCGAUAGCCCGCCUUCAGAAGAGCACCUCGAAAGGCAUCGAACAAUCAGUGGAGACGUCAGCUCAAGAUAG